AUGUCGAAAGAAAAGUAUACAUUUUUGCUUACUGGAAAAAUCGGAGUUGGAAAGAGUGCCCUUGGAAAUUCUAUUCUUGGAGAGAAAAAAUUUGUUAGCAAUGAUUCAGAUCAAUCGGUUACUGAAGAAUGUUCAAUAGAAUGCGCAAACAGAUCAGGCUUACUUGUAACAGUGGUAGACACACCUGGAUUAAUGGAUACAGAAGUAACUGCAGAUGAAGCUAAACUAAAAGCUUGCAAAGAAAUAAAACAUGCAAUGACAAAAUGUCCACCUGAUGGAAAACUUGCUGUUAUUUUUGUAAUUAAAUACGGUGAACGUUUCACCGAAGAGGACCGGAAAGCUCUGUAUAUUCUCGAAAAUAUUUUUGGAAAAGAAAAUCUUUGGAAAUCGUGCAUCUUAGUAAUGACUAUGGGUGAAGUGUUUGAUGGUAAUUAUGAAGGCAAAACAAGUUUUAAACAAUAUAUGACAAAUCAACAAAAUGCUCUUGGGGAAUUAUUUAAAAAAUUUAACUAUAAAUGUGUACUGUUUUACAACAAGACAAAAGAUGAAACAAAACAGAUUGAACAGUUUAACACGCUGAUUCAAUAUAUGCAAGAACUUGACCAAGGAUAUACUAAAAGUAAAUUUCAAGAAGCCAUAAAAGAGCAAAAUCGCCUUGAACUGGAGUCGAAGCUGUAUUACUAUGAACAAGAAUUUCAAGAGGAAAUUGAUCAACUAAAAGACAAACUAGAUGCACUUAAUUUA